CACUCCCCUCCUCUCGCUCUCCAGCUGGUCGACCAGCAACACAUAAAGCUGCUCAGCUCCCGCCUCCUGAACUGGCCUUGCUCCGUUCGUUCGCUCUCGACUCAACUAUCCAUCUCUCUCGCUCUUCUUGAUACCCCUCCACGACCCAAUUCUUCCACUUACUUUGCGAAUUGCUCUUCUACGUAUUUCUCGAGGUCUUAUAUUGCGCUGAACCAAUAUGUGUGGCAUUUUCGGCUACGUCAACUACUUGGUGGAGAAGGACAGGAAGUUCAUCCUCGACACUCUGGUGAACGGUCUGUCUCGUCUCGAGUACCGCGGAUAUGACUCGGCCGGUCUGGCUGUCGACGGCGACAAGAAGAACGAGGUUUUCGCCUUCAAGGAGGUUGGCAAGGUCGCCAAGCUCAAGGAGCUCAUUGGCGAGUCCAAGGUCGACCAGACCAAGUACUUCGAUUCACAUGCCGGUAUCGCCCACACUCGUUGGGCUACCCACGGCCCCCCGUCUCGUCUGAACUGCCAUCCCCACAGGUCCGACCCUACUUGGGAGUUCACCGUCGUCCACAAUGGUAUCAUCACCAACUACAAGGAGCUCAAGACUCUCCUGAGCGCCAAGGGCUUUAAGUUCGAGACCGAGACCGACACUGAGUGCAUUGCCAAGCUCGCCAAGUACCUUUACGACCAGCACCCCGAAGUUGGUUUCACCGACCUGGCCAAGGCCGUCAUCAACGAGCUCGAGGGCGCCUACGGACUGUUGAUCAAGUCCGUCCACUACCCUCACGAGGUCAUUGCUGCCCGCAAGGGUUCCCCACUUGUCAUUGGUGUCAAGACCCAGAAGCGCAUGAAGGUCGACUUUGUUGAUGUCGAGUACUCCGAGGAGGGUGCCCUCUCCGCUGAGGCCGCCUCCCAGAACGUCGCCCUCAAGAAGCAGCAGGACAACUUCUUGAACCCCAACGCUUUGCUGGGUGCCCCCGACAAGUCCCUUCUGCACCGCUCGCAGUCGCGCGCUUUCAUGACCGACGAUGGCAUGCCCAUGCCCACCGAGUUCUUCCUCUCCUCCGACCCCUCCGCCAUCGUCGAGCAUACCAAGAAGGUCAUGUACCUCGAGGACGACGACAUUGCCCACAUCCACGAGGGCUCGCUGAACAUUCACCGUCUUAAGAAGGCUGAUGGCAGCUCUAAUGUGCGAACCAUCCAGACCCUUGAGCUCGAGCUCCAGGAGAUCAUGAAGGGCAAGUUCGACCACUUCAUGCAGAAGGAGAUUUUCGAGCAGCCCGAGUCUGUCGUCAAUACAAUGAGAGGCCGUCUCGACAUCGCCAACAAGACCGUCACCCUCGGUGGCCUCCGCUCUUACAUCUCUACCAUUCGUCGUUGCCGCAGAAUUAUCUUUAUUGCAUGCGGCACUAGUUAUCACUCAUGCAUGGCCGUCCGCGGUGUCUUUGAGGAGCUGGCCGAGAUCCCUAUUGCUGUCGAGUUGGCGUCCGACUUCCUCGACAGACAGGCGCCCGUUUUCCGUGACGACACUUGCGUUUUCGUCUCUCAGUCCGGUGAGACUGCCGACUCCCUCAUGGCUCUGCGCUACUGCUUGGAGCGUGGUGCCCUGACGGUCGGUAUCGUCAACGUCGUCGGUUCUUCCAUUUCUCUGCUCACCCACUGUGGUGUGCACGUCAACGCCGGCCCCGAAAUCGGUGUUGCCUCUACCAAGGCCUACACCUCUCAGUUCAUCGCCAUGGUCAUGUUUGCCCUCUCCCUUAGUGAGGACCGCGCCUCCAAGCAGAGACGCCGUGAGGAGAUCAUGGAGGGCCUUGCCAAGAUCCCCGAGCAGAUCAAGGACAUCCUUACCCAGGACCAGUCCAUCAAGCAACUUUGUUCCAACACCUUCCAGAACCAGAAGUCCCUUCUCUUGCUCGGCCGUGGCGCCCAGUUCUCCACUGCGCUUGAGGGUGCCCUGAAGAUCAAGGAAAUUUCUUACCUUCACUGCGAGGCUGUCAUGUCUGGUGAGCUGAAGCACGGCGUUCUCGCUCUUGUCGAUGAGAAUUUGCCCAUCAUCAUGAUCCUCACCCGUGAUGACCUCUUCAAGAAGUCACUCAAUGCCUACCAGCAGGUCAUUGCUCGAGGCGGCAAGCCCAUUGUCAUCUGCAACCCCAGCGACGAAGAGUUCAAGACUAGCGAGGCCGAGAAGAUUGAGAUCCCCAAGACAGUUGAUGCUCUGCAGGGUAUUCUCAACGUCGUCCCCCUGCAGCUGAUUGCCUACUGGCUGGCUGUCAUGGAGGGCCUCAACGUUGACUUCCCUCGUAACUUGGCCAAGUCCGUCACCGUCGAGUAAAUCUUUUGCAUGAGUGACUGAGGUAUUGGUUUAUUGUCGGCUGGUUCUCGCCACAACGGAGUUGGGUUGCCAAAAGGGAGGGCUGGCCCUUGGUGCUUUUAAUGUCACAGCGGGCUACUUGACGGCCGUGUCAGACGCGAAGCCCUCUGAUGUAUUACUGGGUACUAUGGAAAAUGAGGGAAAGGUCCAGCAUGGUAGAUUUUAAAGGGCCUGUCAAGAUAAAGGAGCGUAAUUUGUUGUUUUUUUGCAGGUCAGAUGCCGCAGCCAGGCAACCUGAAACAAUGAGAGCAACA